AUGGCCGCCAACAAGCAAGGCAAGAUGCAAAACCUCAUCAACUACCGGAUGAGGGUGACUCUCAACGAUGGCCGACAGAUGACCGGCCAGAUGCUCGCAUUUGAUAAGCACAUGAACCUCGUCCUCGCCGAUACAGAAGAAUUCCGUCGCGUGAAACGGAAGUCCAAGCCUGCCGCUGCCCCCGCAACUACUCCUUUGGUGGAAUCGGAAGAAAAGCGAACCCUUGGUCUCACGAUUGUUCGCGGUACCCAUGUCGUCUCCUGCUCCGUUGAUGGACCGCCCCCCGCCGAUCCCUCUGCACGACUUGGAACAAGUGGCCCCGGCGCUGCUGCCGCCGCCGCCACCCUCGCUGCUGGCCCUGGAAUUAGCAAACCCGCUGGACGUGGUCUGCCCGUUGGCCUUGGUGGCCCGGCCGCCGGUGUUGGAGGACCUCCUCCGCCCGGUGGAUUCCCCGGCUUCCCCCCGGGUGGUUUCCCAGGCGCGCCUCCUCCGGGAUUCGGUGGCCGUGGCGGCCCCCCAGGAGGACCUCCCGGCUUUGCGCCGCCUCCAGGAUUUGCGCCUCAGGGUGGCCCUCCGGGCGCUUUCCAACCUCCUCCCGGAUUCCAGCCUCCCGGUCAGGGCCGGGGAUUCCCUCCUCCCGGAUUUGGAGGACGGUGA